GCUUCACAAGUUGACAGUGACGUCUGUACACUUCCCCAACUCUAUCUUUUUGUUUCGGCCAUUUUCGCCGAAAGGUUGGUGUUCUUUUUCGGUCACGUAUCCUUUCGUGGCCGUGAGAUCACUGUAAUAAAGUUGUAUCAAGAUGGUGCAGAAGAAGCCCAAGAAGAAGGUAGGCAAGAAGGUAGCGGCCGCUCCAUUGGUCGUCAAGAAAGUUGAACCCAAAAAGGUUGUAAACCCACUCUUCGAAAAGAGGCCCAAGAACUUUGCUAUUGGCCAAGAUAUCCAGCCGACACGUGACCUGUCCAGGUUUGUGCGAUGGCCCAAGUACAUCCGCAUCCAGCGCCAGAAGGCAGUGUUGCAGCGCCGUCUCAAAGUGCCGCCACCAAUCAACCAGUUCACCCAGACACUGGAUAAGACAACAGCUAAGGGUCUAUUUAAGAUCCUGGAGAAGUACAGACCCGAGACUGAAGCAGUCCGGAAAGAACGCCUCAGAAAGGCUGCUGAAGCUAAGGUCGCCAAGAAAGACGAGCCCCCAGCGAAGAGGCCCAACACAGUUCGUGCGGGAACCAACACAGUGACAAAACUGGUCGAGAAGAAGAAGGCACAGCUUGUUGUCAUUGCACACGAUGUUGAUCCAAUUGAGUUGGUACUCUUCCUGCCUGCCCUAUGCCGUAAGAUGGGUGUCCCAUACUGUAUUGUGAAGGGCAAAUCUCGUCUCGGAGCACUGGUACACAGGAAGACUUGCACGUGCUUAGCACUUACAAAUGUGGAGUCUGGUGACAGAGCCUCGUUCUCGAAGGUGGUGGAAGCCAUCAGGACGAACUUCAACGAGCGGUACGAGGAGCUCCGCAGACACUGGGGCGGUGGCGUGCUCGGCAACAAGUCCAACGCCAGGAUCGCUAAGCUGGAGAAGGCCAAGGCGAGAGAACUGGCGCAGAAGCAGGGCUAAGCCAAUAAAACUUUACUUAUAAACAAUU